AUGGAAGAAGAGGCGCCUUCAAAUGCCAUUGAAUCCCACCUCCCUUCCACUGUUGGCGACGUCGAUAACGAGUCCCUCCACACAUCCGAAGAAGACGCCGGCACCAACCAGUCCCACAGCCCUCCCACCGAACUAGACGAAGAAUGUCUCAGUCCCAAGAGCCUCGAACAGAUAUGGGCGUGGAACACUCCCGUGCCCCCGGCAUUGCGGACGUGUAUGCACGAUCUCAUAGCACAGCAAGCGGCAAAGGAGCCAAACAAAUCGGCAGUGGACUCGUGGGACGGCCAACUUACGUACAGCCAAGUGGACGACAAGUCAAGUCGGCUGGCCUCGCACCUCCUAUCCAUCGGCGUUGGCUCUGGUAUUAACGUACCGGUAUGCUUCGAGAAGUCGAGGUGGACGGUGGUGGCCGUCUUGGCCGUCAUGAAGGCCGGCGGCACUUUUGCGCUUAUGGACCCGAGCCAACCUGAGGGAAGACUGCGGACCAUUGUUGAGCAGACGGGCGCGUCCCAUAUUAUUACAUCGCAGAUACAAGAGGCUCUGGGGCGCAGGAUAGCCCCACAUGCCACCGCUGUUGUCGUCUCGGAGGCUCAUUUCGACACAUACGACGCUGGAUCCAGUCUACCCGUCGUUGACCCGAGCACCAAUCUUUACAUACAAUUCACCAGUGGCAGCACCGGCAAGCCGAAAGGCGUGCUGGUCACCCACGAGAACUAUACGAGCGGUGCCGUGCCGCGGGCGGACCUCGUCGGAUACCGGCAGCACUCGCGGGUUCUCGACUUCGCUUCUUACGCUUUCGAUGUCUGCAUCGACUGCAUGCUGUGCACGCUAUCCUGCGGGGGCUGCCUGUGCAUCGCUUCUGACGCAGACCGCAUCAACGACCUCAGCGGCGCCAUCCGCCGGAUGAACGUCAACAUGGCACACAUGACCCCUUCGGUAGCCCGCGUGCUCGAUUCCGACAUCAUUCCUUCGCUCGAUGUUCUGGGAUUGGGAGGCGAGGCGGUAUCGAACGGCGAUGCUGCCAAAUGGGGUUCGACCACCAAAGUUGUCAACGCCUACGGACCAUCCGAGUGUACCGUAGGCUGCACCAUCAACAACCAAGUCGGUCGCAACGGUACGAAGCAAGUCACCAUUGGCAAGGGAGUGGGAGGUUCAACCUGGAUCGUGGACCCUACAGACCACAACCUUCUCGUAUCACCUGGUGCUGUGGGCGAGCUGCUGAUCGAGGGCCCGAUCGUUGGUCCGGGAUACCUUGGCGACGCCGAGAAGACGGAUACUGUAUUCAUUAAUGACCCUGACUUCCUUGUUGCGGGGUGCAAGGACUACCCUGGACGGAAAGGCAGGCUGUACAGAACGGGCGAUCUUGUUAAAUACGACGUGGACGGGUCCAUCAUUUUCAUUGGCCGAGGAGAUCAACAAGUCAAACUGCGUGGUCAACGUAUCGAAUUGGCCGAGAUCGAGCACCACAUGCGCGACAAGCUGCCAGCUGAGACGCGAGUCGCGGCCGAGGUCAUCAGGCCGGGCGGUGCUUCAGGUGAACCGACCCUUGUGGCCUUCAUAUCGGAGAAGGCGGGACUGGUCUCAGCAGCGGACAGUCUUUUGGCCACAUUCUCGCCUGCCAUCAAGGGUGCUCUGAAAGAUAUGAACCGAAGUCUGUCGGAAUACCUGCCUAUUUACAUGGUUCCGGCAGCAUACAUACCCCUGCACACCAUGCCACUGCUUGUGUCUGCCAAGACCGACCGCAAACAGCUUCGCGAGAUUGGAUCAACGCUGACCCGGAGAGAACUUGCCGGAUACGCCGCGGCGGUCGUCCAGCGUAGGGAGCCGUCAACCGACGAAGAGAAACAACUAGCAUCCUUGUGGGCUAUCGUGCUUGGUCCCGAUUCCGACGUCAGCGCGAACGACAACUUCUUCGCGGUGGGUGGGGACUCGUUAAGGGCCAUGAAGCUAGUCGCUGCGGCACGAGCCCAGGGGUUGGCGUUGUCAGUCGCCGACAUUUUCAGCAAUCCCACGCUCGCCGACAUGGCUCUUGCUAUCAAGCCAGCGGCUGCUCAGGCGGAUCUUACUGUAGCCCCUUUCUCCCUGCUCGGCUCGAGCUGGACCCCUGAAGCUGCGAUGGCGGAAACCGCGUCAUUCUGCGAACUCGGUCCAGAAAUGAUCGAGGAUGUCUACCCCUGCACACCUCUGCAAGAAGGUCUGAUGGCACUGUCCGCCAAAGUCACCGAGGCCUACGUCGCCCAACGCGUGGUCGAGAUGCCCGAUGUCGCCGCGGCCAGGAAGCUCGCCAAAGCAUUCGAGGUGGCGUCUCAGGAUUGCCCCAUCCUGCGUACCAGAAUUGUGCAAGUGGCCGGUCAGGGGCUGAUGCAAGUCAUCGUCAAGGACACCUUCUCCUGUCCCUUGUUUUACGGCCAGAGUCUCGCUGAUUACCUGGCUACUGAUCGAAAUGACGCCGUCGACCUCGGCAAGCCGCUGGUGCGGUACGCGAUUGUCGCCAAUGAGAAAAAUACGGGCAAGACGCACUUCGUACUUACCAUGCACCACGCGCUCUACGAUGGGUGGUCUAUGCCGUUGGUGGUUGAGCGCGUGAACAGGGCAUUCAACGACCUGACCACCGAACGGCCAGCCGGAGUCAAGAAUUUCAUCAAGUACCUCGAGGACAUGGACCGCAAAGUCUCGGAGGGUUACUGGAGAGAACGACUGAAUGGCGCUGGCGGCGAGCAAUUCCCGGCCCUGCCUUACACCGGGUACCAGCAGAAGGCCGACUCACUUCUGGAGCACUACGUUGAGGUCGACAGCCGUGCCGGUGUGACCACACUAGCCACUGCUAUUCGCGGUGCCUGGGCCCUUCUGGUGGGAUUGUACACCGCGUCCAAUGACGUUGUCUUUGGAGAGACGCUGACCGGACGCAAUGCUCCCAUCUUUGGAGUCGAAGAGAUUGAAGGACCGAUGAUUGCCACCGUCCCCGUCCGCGUGGGCAUCAACCCGGACUCUACCGUCGGCGAGUACCUCCAAGAAAUUCACCAGCAAUCCGUUCUCGGCAUUCCGCACGAGCACUUUGGCCUGCAACACAUCCGACGUCUUAGCCCCGAUGCUCGAGAAGCGUGUGAACUUCGCACCGGCCUGGUCAUGCACCCCACGACCGACGACGCCGUGGUCAAGAUCAGCGACGACCAACCUGCCAACGGCUUCGUGCCCGCCAGUGACGACGAGGCGGCGCAAGAGGCGCUCAAAUUCAACACGUACGCCCUCAUGCUGGUCUGCUCGCUGGAUCCCAAGGGCUUCCUCAUCAUGGCCAGUUUCGAUCAAAAGACGGUCACCAGCUCGCAGCUGCAAAGAAUGCUGGCUCAACUUGGGCGACUGACACAGCAGUUCUACGCGUCUCCUGAGAAGCGACUUGGAGACCUGCAAGUGGUGUGUGACCAGGAGAUUCCCGAUCUCGCACGACUGAGUCGGUUUACCGGGGGCUGCAAUGUCUGCUCUUUCGUGGUCCCUGCUGGUGUGGAGGUGACUGAUGCUUGGAUCGUCGAUCCCAAGAACCCGAACCGGUUGCUCCCUGUCGGUGCUACUGGAGAGUUGCUGGUGCACUGUCUCGGCGACCCUCAGAUCGAGCCGAUUCCUUCUCCCACAUGGCUGGCUGGUACGCUGGUCGAGAAGGUAUAUCGAACUGGUCGUCUGGCCAAGUACAACGAAGAGGGGUCAGUCGUGCUGGUGGAAAAGGCCAUCAAGGAAAUCAAGACCAAGCCAGUUGAGAACCGACCUGCACGGGUCCAGGUCACCUCGACGAAGCAAAUCAAACUGCGACACGCAUGGAGCCGCAUCCUGGGAAUCUCCGAAGAGGAGAUUGGACUCAACGACAGUUUCUUCCAGCUCGGCGGUGAUUCCAUCGGGGCCAUGAAGCUCGUUUCCGAGACGAGAGUCGAAGGCUUCGCGUUGACGGUGGCGCAAAUAUUCAAACACCGUACUCUGUACGACAUGGCCGACGUCCUCAAGGAAGUCCAAGUCCAGAGGACCAACGUCGCAGAACAGCUACCCAAGCCAUUCUCUCUUCUGGAUGUGGGCGACGCAGAAGCAUUCGUCGCCAAAACCAUCCAGCCUGCACUUGCAAGGUCCGACUGGGUCGUCCAGGACAUCUACCCAGCCCGGCCCCUCCAAGAGGUCGCCGUCAACGGCACCUACAAAAUGCCGCGCUACUCGUCCCGAUACGAGCUAUUCCACCUCGACGGCGUCGUCGACCGGGCCCGCCUCUUCCAAUGCUGUCAAGAACUCGUAGCCCGGAACGAGAUCCUCCGCACUGUCUUCGUCGAGCACGAAGGCAGGUGUCUCGGCGUCGUCCUGCAAUCCCUCGUAGCCGCUAUCGAGGAGUACGACAUCGAAGGCGACCUCGACUCCUUCACGCACAAGCUCUGCAACGUCGACGUGCAGACCCGCAUGCCGCUCGGCAGCCCCUUCGUCAAGUUCCUUUUUGUCCAGGGAGAGAACAACAAGAGCUGUCUCCUGACGCGCAUCUCGCACGCGCAAUACGACGAGAUUUGUCUCGUUGGCCUCCUCCGCCAGCUCGGCGCCCUCUACGACGGCACGCCCACCCGCGACGGCGUACCGUUCUCGUCGUUUGUGUACCACACCGUCAACAAGGGGAUCCCGCAAAGCAUCCCCUACUGGCGGGACCUGCUCAAAGGGUCGCAACUUUCGGUGCUCAAGCCGGACAUCCCGCUCCAGUCCAGAGUACCAGACGCGGUGACACGAACAGUCAGCAUCGCCGCCCGCCCCAGCGACAUUACCGUCGCCACGCUGCCGACCGCCGCAUGGGCCCUGUGCCUCGCCCGCCGCCUCGGCUCUCGUGAUGUCGUUUUUGGCGAGGUCGUCAGCGGUCGAAACACGGACCUCCCCAACGCGGACGCCGUCAUGGGACCCACGUGGCAAUACGUCCCCGUGCGGGUACAAUUCGAGCCAGACUGGACCAACUUAGACCUCCUCGAACACAUCCAAUACCAACACAUCGCCUCCGCUCAACAUCAAGGUAUGUCCCUCUCGGAAAUGGUGCCCAUCUGCACCGACUGGCCCAAGGAAACAGACUGGUUCGACAGCGUGGUGCACCAGGACGUGUAUCAUGUUGAAGAAUUGAAAAUGGCGGGUGCGAAGGCGAGGAUGGAGACCGUAUAUCCCCACUAUGAACCGCUCAGGGAGUGGAAGUGCCAGGCAUUUGUGGAUCUGGAGAAGGGGGAGCUGAUGUUUGAGAUUGUUACUUUUGGGGAGUGGAUUAGUGUUGCGAAGGAGUUGUUGGAUGAGUUGGAGGGGAUUAUGGGUGAGUUGGUGGGCAAGACGGGGGAGAAGGUUUUUAAGGAGUGA